UCUCUCUCUCUCUCUCUCUCUCUCUCUCUCUCUAAUUCUCUUUCACUUUGUGUGUUAUUAUCAUUUUUUUUCUUUUUCUUGUUGUACAAAAUGGGGUCUAAGAGAGUUCUUGGAUUAGUCUUGUCUGUGAUUUUCAUGGAGUUUCUGAUAAUGAUUGGCUCAUCUCAAGCUUACAAGUUCAAUGUUGGUGGAAAAGAUGGUUGGGUUUUGAAUCCUUCUGAGAAUUUCACUCGCUGGGCUGAAAGAAACAGAUUCCAAGUCAAUGACACUCUCUUUUUCAAAUACAAAAAAGGUUCAGACUCGGUCUUGGUUCUAACAAAGGAGGAUUACUUGGCAUGCAAUACACAGAAACCGAUAAUGUCUUUGACGGACGGCGACUCCGUCUUCACUUUGAAUCGCUCCGGAGCUUUUUACUUCGCUAGUGGCAACGGCGAUAAUUGCCGGAAGGGUCAGAAGCUCGUCCUCGUCGUUUUGGCCGUUAGGGAUAGACCUCACCUUCCGCCUCCUCCUCCUCCUCGGUCUCCUUCUCCGGUUGCGCCGCCACCUUCGGCAGGUGGUCCGACAUCACCGGCUUUAGCUCCGGGACCGAGAGCACUGUCACCGGUACCGAGUGGUAAUCGGCCUCAGAAAUCCAGUGUACCGGCCGGAUUUGGUGUUUCGGUUUGGUUGGUUUUGUUUGUUAGUGUUGGAGUGACUGUGGUGUUUGGGUAGCUUUUUUUAUUUUUUGGAAUAAGUUUUUUGGGUUUUGUGUCUUAGCUUGUGUGCAUGUUACAGUUUGUUUAGAGUCUUUUUUUUUUUUUUUUCCUUAAUUAUUUUGUAAUUCUUUUUUAAGCUUCAU